UGGUAGAAAGAGUGACACAAAUAGCAGCACUUUUGCUUGCCUGCCGAGAAGCAGACUUUGAUUUUAGGUCUUACAUGACGAAAACAAACAAAACAGCUAUCAUAUCUUUGCUGUAUAAGAGGAUGAAAUUUAAACCAUUAUGAUGCCAAAUCUAGGAUCAAAGAAGAAAGACAGUGUACCCAGGAUGGACAGACCCACUGAGGACUUUCCACAGUUGAGCAAUGAGAUGCAGCUGAGCAUCAUGAUGAAGGUGAAGAGCGGAGAGUUGUCCAUCGAGGACGCUCUGAACCAGGCCAGGAUGGACGGGAAGCAGCAGCUCAAACAGAAGAACCUGUCUGAAGAGGAAUCACAACCCUCACAGUACAACUUCAGUGUCCACAAGCACAGCCACCACAGGUGGCAGAAGCGGGUUCUUCAGAUGGAUUUCAAGACCAAAAUGCUGUGCAGCAUCGAGAAAGGCAUCGUCAAGCGACAACUUCCCUUCUCCAUCGUCAAGAGUUGUGACGAUGGAGUGGGGUCAAGAUUCUCCAUUUCCUUUAAAGAACAUCAUGAUUAUGAAUUGGAGGCCACUUCACUGGAGGACAAACACAAGAUGAUGCGGCUUGUGAAUCGGAUCAUUUAUGGGAACAUAUACAGUGACGAUGCAGAAACACCUCAGCAGCCUCAAGCAUCACAAAGCCUUCGGGAAGGAUUCUUGUUGCUGCACCGCGGCGGCCUGGCAUCGUUCAAAUGGGUGAAAUACGAGGUCCAGCUCCACCCAGGUCAGCUAACACUGGUCCCCUUCAGGCGACGAGGCCCCGCUGACGCUGAGGUGACAUCAUCGGUGCCCUCAUCCAUAGUGAUUCACCUGUCAGACGGAGACACCAGCGUACAGAAACCUCACAGCUCCGACACUUUCACACUGAUCACCCACAAAAAUGAGUACCAGUUCCGGGUGCCUGUACCAGAGCAAACAAUCACCUCUGGGGCUGCCCAGAGGGAGCGAGAUGCUUGGGUCCAGGCCAUUGACCAACUGUGUUCAGACUGGAAGAGGAAGUCCAAGGGCAUACACCCGCUUGUGGAACCAACUGGUCUACGACAUCCCAGCAUACCCGAAUCUCCGGAGGACAGCGACACAGAUCUUGAGUCGAGUGGUGGAUUUGGCGGUGGGAAUAUGACUUAUCCUCCAGCUGAUUAUGAAAAUCCCACUUCUGGCAGAGGAGAUCGUAUAUCAGCUGGUGACAUGGGUCAAAGUUAUCCCUCAGCCGAUUAUGCAAAGCCGGUUCCUAAACCUCGCAGCAGUAGAAACACAGCUGUUACCGGGCCUGAUAUUUUGCCCUCUGUCCCAUCACCAAGCUCCCCCGAUGUCUUUGCCCCAUCUUCGCCCACCUCCCCUGAACCCUCACCCUCCAAUAAUGCCCUCACACCAUCUUCCACAGUCCCAGAGUCUCCUAACCAUGAAUCAGGCUCGUCAGACAUGAAAAGGCCUUCACCCCCGAGCAUCCCAGCCGCACCACCUAUACCCUUGAAAUUGACAAUGACAUCAAGAAAAAAACCAAGCACCAAGGCUUUCCACUGGGACCAUGUUAGCAAAGAGAAGAUUGUAAAAUCAUUUUGGACACAAGAAAGCACCAGGAGGAUCGAAAUCGACACGUCCCGCUUAUACGAGCAAUUUGCCGUUAAAGAUCUGGGGGCGGUUGGUGUGGUUGAUCACAGCAAUACGCAGCACAUUAUGCUCAACAAGAAGAUUGCACAAAACUUCAACAUUUUCCUCACACGUUUUCCAGUGCAAAGAGGAGAGCUGAAGGACAAACUGUUCAUCGUUAAUGAGGAAGAUGGAGGCCUGUCUGAUGAGCACAUCACCUCUCUGAGGAGGUACGUCCCCACGUUGGGCGAUGUGGAAAUGUACAAAUCACACAAAGGACCUGUGGCAGAGCUGCAUAUUGUGGACCAGUACAUGAUGGAGAUGUGCAACAUCCCCUGCCUGAGCACACAGCUUGACCUGCUGCUGACUUUGAGAGAGCUUCCGAUCAGCAUGAACGACCUGCAGCCUCUGAUUAACCAGAAGAUCAGAAUGUGCACGCAGCUGAACAACUGCAGGUCAUUUGUUUCCGUGCUGGAGUACCUCCUCGCCAUUGGCAAUUACCUCAACGAGAACGCCAGGAAGGAAAAGGCCAAGGGAUUCCGACUCUCCUCCUUAACUAAACUCUCCCAGGUCCGUGGGAAAGACAGGAAGUUCACCUUGCUCCAUGCCCUUGUGGAGCAGAUCAUGUUGCAUGAAUCGUGCCUGGCCACUUUUACCCAAGAGUUGGCAGAAUUUGAAACUGUCCCGGGAGCUUCCAUCAAAGGCCUGACCGCAGAGGUAGAUGUCCUGAAGAAUGAACUGCAGAAAGUCAUUCAGUACAGGCAAACUUCCAAGAAGACAAAUGUUGGAACUCAGCACCCAAAAUUCUCCAAAGACCUGAAGAUGGCAAUUGAGAAAUAUACUGCGGAUCUCUCUGCGCUGACGAAGACAUGUGAGGAGAUGAAGAAACUCUACUCUGUCAUGCUGGUUAAAUUCGGUGAAUCGGCGGAUCAAGACUCUCAGGAGCUCUUUGGGUUGAUCUGUCAGUUUGUCCACGACUUCAAGGAGGCCCAUGCUGAAACUAUAUGAGUUAUGCCUACUGUAUAGAGUACAUAUGAUAAACCUGAGACUGCAGAGAUGCUCAUUAAACAAACCAAACAGGUUCAGAAAGAUUAAAAUACAAACAAAAUAUAGGACAUAACUUUCGAUGCAAUAAAAUGUGGCAUGGAUUUAUAUUUUUAGCAGCUGUUUGUAUUUUCUCCUGUGUACAGAUAUAUUAUUUUAUAAUGGGCAUUGGAUGUGAUUCAUUGUAUAAUGAAGUGUAUAGUGAUGCUCAUGCACCUGAACGACGGGAUGUCAGUGGAAAUUGUGAAUAUAAAACUGAUCUAUGUAUGUUGCAUUAUUUAAUGUCAGAAGUUGGUUAUAUUUGGAUCGACUUCAUGUUUACUGACAUGAUUUGAGACGAAUCGGUAAUGCAUGAUAUGCAACUCCUGGGUUGUAAGAAGCACUCGGAUGCUGAAGUGUGCUGCUAAUACCCACAGCUGUCUGCUGGCAGAGGAACAAAACAAACAUCACUUCGGAGGCCAGCUGAGGCUGGUGUACUUUGGGUGUGUGAUUAUUUUGAACAUGCGAUCGUGCUGUGGUCGGGGACGUUUUCCUUUCCCGGCGCUCCAGGAGGAGCUCCAAGGCUGCCUCUGAUUAAGGAACACAUCUGCACUGUGGCAUGACGAGAAACACAAAAUUCCCCUUCACAAGGUAGAGAGAUAUUCUUAGCACUGGUUAGAAGUGAUUUAUGUGUUAUACAGGUUUGUGUGUGUGUGAGACAUUUUAAUCAGUUGACAGCGAAAACACUAUUUGUAGUGGUAACUGUGAACCAUGGUGGUAUAAUGAACCAGACCCCUCACUGGGCAGGAGAAGUUGCACAUUUCCACUGACUUUAAUUAUAACACUGUAUCUGCAGAAACUGGUGAUUCAUUAGCACAAAACAUAUUUCUAUUAAGUGUUUCCUUCACAGAGGUUUAUCUUAUUAUUUUUCAAAUUUCCAAUUUGUCAAAAUUGUAGCUGGGUUGAUCAUUAAGGCUAUUUUUUGUACCGCUUUUGGAAUUAAAAAGAGAUAAGUGACUUAACAUUGUAUCAUGUACACAAAAUCAACACUAAAAGUCACUUCAAAUUACACAGGUUUCCAUUUUCUCUCUUACUUUGGAAUUAGUUUCUCUUUUAAAGAGACACAGAUAAAUAUAACAGAUAUGCAUUUAUUGUCCCCUCAUUGUACGUCACAAUCUGUAUUGCAACACGGUUCUGUAACUUCUCAAAUACCUUGUCAUUAUGAGGAUUAAACCACAGUUUGUAUGGGC